GUCGUGGUGUUGCUGCGUAAUGCGUUUCGUGACAGUAAAAGUAUUAUCCGGUAAUCCUGAAACCUCUUGUGGUAUUACAUUCGAAAAGAAAAAUGACGAAAGAGAAGACAUGGCAUUAAUUGAUAUACAAGAUUGGUUGUGGAAGUUUUUUUACAUAAACCAGGAAGCGAUUUUGACCAAACUCGUAGUUUGAUUACAAAUUUGUCUUCAGUUAGCAUUGCUGCAUGUGAA